AUGCUGCGACACCAGACACAACCCAAGAUUGCCGCACCCAUGCGGCCUGUACAGCCAGCCCAAGCUCCGGCAAUGCAAACAGAGGGGUCACUAAGUAAAACACUCCCAGCCCUCACAGAAAUAGGGGAACACAACUUAGCCACCAAACAAGACCUCCAACGCUGGAUGCACGAGCUCCAAGACCUAAUAGCCAAAGAUAUAAGCACUAUAAAAGCGGAGGUGCGCCAAAAUACGGACAGAGUACACGCAGUGGAGGAGAGUGUAUCGACAAUAGGCAACGAGAUAACUCACCUUAAAGAAACGUUGUACACAAUGCAAACAGCUCACCAGGCGCUAGCGGUGCAGGUCUCCACCCAAGGGGACCACCUGCGCCGCAAUCACAUCAAGCUCCGAGAGGCGCCUGCGGCGAUCACACAGGCCUCAUUUUCUAAGGAGGCUCCUGGCCACAAUCCUGCCACCAGCAGCUGCCCGAAAAAUCACACUGGAGUGCUCAUAUCGACUGCCGGCGGGGCCCAACUCACCACCCACAGAAGCACGAGACAUCAUCCUAUGCUGCGCCACGACACAGGAUAG